AUGAAGUUUAAGGACUUGGCGUGCGUGACACUAAAUGAGGAAUGUUCUAUAAUUUUCCAGAACAAGUUACCGGAGAAGCGACAUGAUUCAGGAAACUUUACUAUUUCCUGUGUUAUAGUUAACUUAUCUAUUGAUGAUGCUUUAGCUGAUUUAGGGGCUAGUAAUAAUGUAAUGUCACACAGCCUAUUUGCAAAGUUAGGGCUGGGAGAGACUAAACCCACUAGGAUGAGUAUACAGUUAGUUGAUAAGUCUGUUAAGUAUCUUAGGAGUAUUGUAGAGAAUGUGCUUGUAAAAGUAAAUAAAUUUUUAUUACCUGUUUAUUUUGUGAUCUUAGACAUGGACGAUGAGAGUAGUGUACCCUUGAUUCUAGGUAGACAUUUUCUUGCAACAUCUAGGGCAAUGAUAGAUUUUUAUGAUGGAAAGUUAAAACUUAGGGUAGGAGAUGAGACUGUCACCUUUGACUUGAAUAAUUCCAUAAGACAGUCAUUAGAUCAUGAUAAUGUUGUUUAUGCUAUUAAUGUAUUUGACGAUGCUAUUGAGACACAGUUACAGGAAGUAUUAGUUGAAGACCCUCUACAAGUUACUUUGCCAAGGGGAAAUGAGCAUGAGCUGUCAAAUGAGGAAGUUUUAGAGCAGCUUGAGUUUCUGUUAGCAAACGAGCCAAGCAAUAAUACUGAUGAGUUUAUUGUGAUUGACAGUAUAGGUGUGCAAAAGUUGAGGCCAUCACUUGAGGAACCACCAGUCCUCAAUUUGAAAGAGCUUCCAUAG